AUGGCAGAUAGCACAGCAAAUGCAGUUCCCCGUAAAGAGUUCACCUUCAGAGAAGAAAGACGAGGAUCCGUUAUGGAAGAAUCGCCUUCCGAAAGUUACACCUGCGGCAAUCAAGAACCACCUGGAAGUUACUUAUGCAAUAACCCACAAGUUGUCGCUGCGACAAGCGACUCUAUUGGGAGCUAUCCUGACGUGGAGACGGACAUACGCAUCCCGACAGAGAACUUUCCGUCUUCGCGCGCAGGCGAAAUGCCUUCUGCGAUUGACCUUGGCCUUCUCGACAAUACCAAACAAACAACAUCUCCUGGCAUUUUUAGCACCUGGCCUUUUCCGUCCAAUCCAAGACUUAAUUCUGAGGUGCUUCACCAAUUGACUGACGUAGCACCGAGUGAAGGCUGUGCUGGAUAUGCAGAUUUUCUGAAAGACCUCGCGAGCCAUCCGCAAUCCAAACAAGCUUCACCCUCGGCCUUGCCUCAUAAUCCGUUCGAAUCGCAUGACAUAUGGGAGAUUUUUAUGAAUUCCACCCAGGGUUCGGACAUUGAUUUCGAGUACGACGGCCUUUCUGAUUUGGCGGCACUGGAAACGCAUGCAACAAUGGGUCUCAGUCGGCCUCAGUCCCAUGAGCAGCAAGAGCAUCAAGCAUUUCUCAUUGGGGUGAAUGCUUUCAGUACAUCGCUCUGGAACUGGACACCAAGCGCAGAAGAUACUGGUGUGGCCUCCGAACGUCAUCUGGCAGUUGGGGACUCCGAUCAAGAAAAACUUCGAAAUGUUCAUGUACCGGAGCUCUGCAAGAAGCUCGCUUCCAGUUCGAACCGGGACCGCAUCCUCGCCCUUUUUAUCACCGUUUGUGAAAGGAAGAACAUCCCAAAAUUAAUAAAGUCGUUUUCCUCGCCGACCCUGAUGGAAUGCUUAAUUCCGCUUGCCCUACACCAUCUUUCAACGCGGCCCUUAAGCUUCAUCCACCCGCCCUCUUCGGUAUCAUGUCAGAUCUCGCCUGAGAUGCUCGCCAUAAUGAUGGCACAUGGCGCUAGCUUGACAUCAGUCCGUGCAAUUCAACGUCUUGGCUACGCGAUUGCAGAGCUACUUCGCAAAGCUAUUGUGCAGAGGUGGGAAGAGAACAACAGCGAGACACGGGACCUGGACUGUCUGCGAGCCUUUACGCUCACUAACAUGUUGUUCUUGUGGAGUGGAAAUAGAAGAAAGAUGGAAAUCGCCGAGAGUUUUACGCAGCCCGUGGUCACCAUGCUUAGACGUUCUGGUAUGCUCCGAAGAGAUUACUAUGUUGAGAUUCGCCCCUCAGAGACUCAGACUGGACCCGAGUUAGACGACUUGUGGAAGAGGUGGGUGGAACAGGAGACCAAGAUCCGACUGGUUCACCAGCUUUUCAUUCACGACUGUCAAGUUUCUAUGACCUAUUUCACGAACCCUUUGAUGUCAUGCAGCGAGAUGCAACUUCCAAUGCCCCAGCCUGUCGAGAUCUGGCUUGCAUCGUCAGCCCAAGAGUGGAAGUCACAUCUUCUCGCCCGAUCUGGACCAACGAUACAUGAGAAGUCUUUGUCCCAGUUGAUCAAGGAGGUUUCGAAUCAAGAUACCAGACCACCUGAUCAGAACCUCGGUGAGUGGUGUUAUCUCGUUCUUUAUGGGGUGUGGCAUGUUGGACGGAGUCUCCAGGAGCUUCAGAAUACCCUCCAGAACGACGAGGACUUCGAAUGUAUGCCAGGGCCUUUCAUGCUGUACGACAACAGCAGAUUCGAACGACUAGUCGCAAACAUACUAAUUCCCGAAGACGCUGUUGGCCGAUCUUCGCAUGAGUUAUCCUUUAUUCAAUCAUAUCUGAUUAUGGCACUUUGUGUUCCGUUGGAGGCAAUUCAGGCUUUCGCCGGAAAGCAUGGCGAGGCUGAGGCUGCCCGGGUUUUCCCUAGGCUGCAAAACUGGUCGGUCACCCGGAAUGCUAGACUCGGAAUCUGGAGAGCAGCUCAAACGCUUCGAAAAGCUGAGAACCUGGGAUCAAUUGCUUUGCGAGAUUUCCAUGCCGUGGCUACUUACCAUGCGGGCGUUGCCCUCUAUGUUUAUGGCGUGUUAACUGCAACCCGACAGCGCAGGUCUGGCCAAGAGCUUGCUCGAGGACAACAGUCUUCCUAUCAGCACAUCUGUCUUGGCCCUAAGUACUCCAGCGACGUAAAGAACUUCAUAAAUUUCGGCCAAGGUCUGCCCGUGAUAGAGGGUGUUGCUGAUGAGUUCGGCCAACGGCCAACUCAUUCUGUACUUGUACCAGGAUCUAUAUUGGAAUACACGUGUCAGAUACUGAAAUCCCCGUGCCAAAUAGGCGAAGGAAACCUAGCUCCUUUGGUGGACAAAAUGGCUCAACUGCUGCGGGAAUUGGCCCGAGCCGCGUCAAUUGCUGGGUUUGCUUGA